AUGGCAGCACGCGCACAACCUCGCGCAGGAGGAGCGGCUGCUGGAGCAGCAGCCGGGCAACAAGCAGCACAAGCGCAAGCAGCACAGGCGCAAGCUCGUAGAGAGAGAGCUGCAGAGCCUACGUGGGAGGACUAUGUCAAUGUGAGAGUGCGAGCGCGAUGAUCGGACUCUCGGCGAGCGCGACGAUCGGACGCUCUUGGCGCUCUCGCUCGCUCUUGGUCUUUGGUCGCACAAGUGGGCGUGGGCAAUGAAUGCCAAGCCGUGGCGCGAAAAGUCUCGAUGCUGUUCUACGGAUAGCCUCGGCAGCCGUACCUCUCGCGCGUGCGCGCGCUGACACCACCGCUCCGCAUUCUCCAGCGCAUUCACUACUCGGACCACUACUCGGACGAUGAGUGGCAGUACAGGUGCGCAUCUCUCCAGUGCUGGAGUGCGUUGCGCUAUCUUGCUGACGCUCUCGCCUCUACCCCAACAGGCACGUCAUCAUCCCCAAGGGCAUGCUGAAGCAGCUCCCAAAGGAGUACUUUGACUCGGAAGAACCAGAGGUACUUAGGAUCUUGAAGGAAAACGAGUGGAGGAGCAUUGGUAUUCAGCAGAGUAUGGGAUGGGUUCAUUAUGAGGUGCACGGUGAGUGGUUCGUGGACCAAAGAGUUGGCGCGAGGGCGAUGGGUCUGUGCAAGAAGGAGUUUAGGACAGAGUUCCGCCAGCGGCGCGAAAGCAGCAAUGCUCGAAGGUGGGCGGGAGGGCGAUGGGUCUGUGCGAGAGGAGCUUCGGACAGAGUUCCGCCAUCGGCGCGCAAGCAGCGAUGCUGUCCAGCCGUCGUCUUUAUCCCUCUGGCCCCCUCACAUCCAGCUGACUUUGCUCACAAUUCCUGCCAUGCUCGCAGCCCCCGAGCCUCACAUUCUGCUGUUCCGAAGGCCCAAGCCUGCAGCGUAA